UACUUUAUCGUAGUCGAUGACUUGUGAGGUCGACAAACAUGGGAUGAUAUUAGUUGUGCUUUUCCAGAUAGUGGCAAUGGUAGUAGAAUAAUCGUAACUACACGAGUGGAAGAUGUGGCUUGCUGGGCAUGUCACAAUCGCCAGCAGUGCAUUUACAAAAUGAAGCCUCUCAACGACCAAGACUCAAAAAGGUUAUUCUUUAGUAGAGUGUUUGGGCCUGAGCAUGUCUCUCCAUCCCAUAUGAAGAAGUUUCAACUGGAAUUUUGAAGAGGUGUGGUGGACUGCCCCUCGCUGUUAUUACAAUAGGCGGCAUAUUAGCUAGUCGUCCAGGAAUAUUAAGGCAGGAUUGGGAGAGCAUAAGGAGUUACUUGGGAGUUCAAUCUGCCACAGACCUCACCAUGGAAGGAAUGAGGCGUAUAUUAAACCUUAGCUACAUGCAUCUUCCUGUUCAUCUUCGGGCAUGUUGCUUACGUCUUGGUAUGCAUCCAGAGGACUACGAGAUCAUGAGGGAUGAUCUUGUUCGACAAUGGAUAGCUGAAGGCCUUGUGCGCAGUUUACCUGGGCUAGAUUUGGAGGAUGUUGCAAGGAGUUAUUUCAAUGAGCUUAUCAACAGAAGCUUGAUUCAGCCUGAACGGACAGUCGCUGGGGAUGUGAUUUCUUGCAAAGUGCAUGAUGUGAUUCGUGAUGUUAUUAUAAGCAAAUGUCAAGAAGAAAAUUUCAUGAGUAUGGUAUACAAUUCUGAAGACAUGGCAAGAUUGCAUGAAUGCAAGCCCAAGGUCCGCCGAUUGUUCUUUUGCUCGAGUUCUAAUGAUGCCACAAAUGGUACAAUAUCAAGGGCUACUGGUCUGUCGAAGGUUAGAUCGAUUGUGUCAUUCGGAGGGUCCAAGUACUUGAAUUCUUUAUUGUUUUCCAAAUAUCUCCGGGUGCUGCUCAUUGAAAACUGGGGUAUCACAGUUGAUCUCAGUGAUAUCAACCGCUUGUUUCAUCUGAGAUAUUUGAAGGUUACAGCAGGAAACAUAAAGCUUCCGUCUGAAUUGAAAGGACUAGUGCAUUUGGAAACACUGGAACUGACU